GCUGCUGUCCCCGCUGUCACCGCGCAGUCCGACAGUGGGAGAACCGCUCCACUACGUCAAGCCGUCCCCGUCCGCUCGGUAAAGAUGUCUGCGUCGGGUGCAGGCGGUUGCGGACCCGGUCCCGGCUCCGCUCCGGGUGCUGGGUCCGGGGCUUCCAACCCCCGAAAGUUCAGCGAGAAGAUAGCGCUCCACACACAGCGCCAAGCAGAGGAGACGGCCGCCUUCCAGGAGGUCAUGAUGGACAUCUCCUCCACCCGGCUCCAGGCCCAGAAGCGCCUGGCCAGAAACCAGGGACCGUAUUACGGCGGCUCCCUGCCUGACGUCAACCAGAUCGGACGGAACCACCAGGACUUCCAGGGCUCGUUCUCCUCCACCCUGGAGUCCAGUCGCUCCACCCGACACCAUGGUCUGGUGGAGCGGGUGCAGCGGGACCGCCACUUCGUGUCCCCGGUACGACCGUACCGCAACCGACAAAUGGACAACGCAGCGUAUAACCCCGCCUACCUGUCCCUGCCCCCCGACCCCAGCUGGAGAAGGAACUGGUGUGGAAACUUUCCCGGGGAUAGAAGCCAUUUGUUUCGUCUCCCCACUACCGCACUCAACAGGACCAACUCUGACUCUGCGCUCCACACCAGUGUGAUGAACCCCCCCUUGGGGGACCCCUUCUCCUCCGGCCACAGCCUCCCCCCCCAGGCCCCCCGGCGGGCCGGGCAGCCGGAGGGCGAGGGGCGGAGAAUGUUCCCGUACCCCGUCCCGCCCAUCGAGGAGAACGUUCUGGACGAAGGGAAACUGCUCAAGCCCUGGGACUCCAAGAAGUUGCCAAUGCUGUCGUCGCGUCCCAAGUCCUGCGAAGUUCCUGGUAUCAAUAUCUUCCCCUCCCCGGAGCAGCCCUCCUCCACCACGGUCCACCUGCCCCCCCCGGCCCUCAACACGGGGGGCUCCCUGCCCGACCUGUCCAGCCUGCACUUCCCCUCCCCGCUGCCCACGCCCCUGGACCACGACGAGCCGGGCUACCCCGGGUCGGCCUCCCUCAGCGGGGGCAGCAGCACCGGCAGCCUGGCCUCCACGCUCAACCACCUGGGCAUCAACCCCUUGCACGGCGCCGGGCACGCCUUCCACCAGCACUCCCCUGGUCUCCUGGCGUCCCUCCAGAGCACACUGAGUCUCUCCUCCCUGCACUCGUCGCUAAGCAACCCCAACAUCCAAUCGUCUCUCAGCAGCCACUCCUUCCCCAGCUCCCUAAGCUCCACCUCCCUGCAGUCGUCGCUUAGCAACCCCUCCCUGCAGUCCUCGCUAUGCUCCUCCCCCUCGCUGGCCUCCUCCCUCAGCAGCCAAUCGCUGCACUCCUCGCUGAGCAACUCCUCCCUGAGCGGCCAGCCGGUCGCCAGUAGCAACCCCAGCUACAGCAGCGCCGUGGGCGGGGCCAGCUCCUGUGGCUCCUCCUACUCGCCGCUCCUGAGUGGCCAGGGGCAGCCGCCACUCAGCACGUCGCCGCGGAGGCGGGCCCAGCUGUCGCCGCUCAUCCUGCCCAUGGGGGGGGAGGGACGGAGGCACCCCUCCAAACAGUUCUCCCCCACCAUCUCCCCCACGCUGUCCUCCAUCACACAGGGAGUCCCUCUGGACACCAGCAAGCUGCCCCUGGACCAACGGCUACCCCCCUACCCCUUCAACCAGCAGCUCCACCAGAACCACCACCCCCAACAGAACCACCACCCCCAGCAGAACCACCACCCCCAGCAGAACCACCACCCCCAGCAGAACCAGGGCAGCUGUGUCCCCCCCAGCAGCCAGCAGCAGCAGCCUCCCCCCUCCUCCUCCUCCCUGGGUCAGCAGAACCCCCACCUCACCCAGAUGCACCGGCUCCAGCAGCAGAACAGGCCCAACCCCUCCCCCGCGCACCUCCACCACCAACACCAGUAUCAGCAGCAACAACAACAGCAACAACAACAGCAGCAGCAGCAGCAACAACAACAACAACAACAACAACACCAACAACGGCAGCAGCAGCAGCAACAACAGCAGCAGCAGCAGCAGCAGCAGCAGCAACAACAACAACAACAACAACAACAACAGGAUCAGCAGCAACAACAACAUCAACAACAACAGCAGCAGCAGCAGAACCUUCAGCUCCAGAACCUGCGAAACGCGCAGAUCCAGAUCCAGCAGCACUUAAGAACGCAGCAGAGACCGGCCAGCGGGCCCCUGGACGCCCCCAGCACCCCGCUGAUAAAGAGCGAGACCCAGCAGGAGCAGUGUGAGCAGUCUCUCGGGGGCCACUCGGACCCCCAGAGAGCCAGCGGGCUGAUGCAGCUGCAGCAGCUCAACCACUCCAUCGCCUCCGAGCUGGGACUCUACAACGACUCGCUGUUCAACUCUCUGCUGGAAGACCCCUACCUGAGUGCCCAGCUCUCCGAGAGGGGCAACCAGCAGUUCGGUAUGGAGGUUCCCGGGGAGGGUCUGUCCCUGGUGGACGGGGCCCUGGGGGACCGGAGCCAGUACCAGUCCCCCCAGGGGUCCCUGGACCUCCUGGAGCUGGGCCCCCAGCAGCAGCAGCUCCUCAACCUCCACAACCACGGCUACGGCCCCCCGGACCCCCCGCACGCCAUGCCCAACAUCAUCCUCACCGGCGGCUCCCCUCCGGGCCUGUCUAAGGAGAUCACCAGCGCCCUGUCCCACGUGCCGGGCUUCGAGAUGGACCCCUUCUCCCUGGACCACCUGGGACUGGACCUGCUGGACGGGGACCUCAUGCUGGCCGACCCGGCCGUGGAGGACUCCUUCAGGACCGACCGCCUCAAGUGACCCCCGACGACCCCAGAGCACACACACACGCAUGAACACACACACACAUUAGCAAACACACACUUAAACAAACACAUAAAC